AUGGACCUAGAUGACCACCCUAUGGGGGAUGCCGGCAUGGAAAACGGGCUCGACGACCAGGGCCCCAGCCGCGUCGGGGGCGAUGACACGCCCUCUGAAGAAGGCAGCUUCGAUGAUGAUGGCGACUCGAGUUCCUCAGACCCGGCCCUCGAGCAGCUCCGUCGUCGCGGUUUGCUCCCGACGGGCUGCUGUUACGACGAUCGCAUGAAGCUCCACAUGAACGCUGAUUUCAGUCCAAACGCGCAUCACCCAGAAGACCCGCGGCGCAUCCACGAGAUCUUCAAGGCCUUCAAGAAAAUGGGGCUUGUCUACAACGGACCAGAGGCCGACCUCCCGCGCAUCCUCAAGGAGUGUCCCACCAGAUAUAUGUGGAGGAUACCGGCUCGCAACGCCACCCGGGAAGAGAUAUGUCUUGCACACUCGUCGGACCACCUCGCCUGGGUUGAGAAUCUGAAUUCGCUCAGCACAGCAGAACUUCGAGAACUCACAAAGCGAUAUGACCAAGGCCGAGAAUCGCUCUACGUGGGCAGCAUGUCGUAUCAUGCGGCUCUACUCUCGGCCGGCGGCGCCAUUGAUACGUGCAAGAACGUCGUGACUGGCCAGGUCAAGAACGCCUUUGCCGUCAUUCGGCCCCCGGGACAUCACGCCGAGUGGGACGCUCCCAUGGGAUUCUGCUUCUUCAACAACGUGCCUGUGGCUGUGCGCGUUUGCCAGCAAGACUUUCCAGACCUUUGCCGGAGAGUCCUCAUCUUGGACUGGGAUGUCCAUCACGGCAACGGUAUCCAGAACAUCUUUUACCAGGACCCAAACGUUCUGUACAUCUCCAUCCACGUCUACCAAAAUGGCUCCUUUUAUCCAGGCCCUGGCUUGGGCAAGAAUAUCAACAUAGGCUGGCACGAUCAGGGCAUGGGUGAUGGCGAGUACAUGGCUGCAUUCCAAAAGAUUGUCAUGCCGAUAGCCAAGGAGUUCAACCCCGACUUGGUGGUCAUAUCGGCCGGUUUCGAUGCCGCUGAUGGAGAUGAGUUGGGGGGUUGCUUCGUGACCCCGCCCUGCUACGCACACAUGACGCAUAUGCUCAUGUCGCUCGCGGACGGUAAAGUGGCCGUAUGCCUCGAGGGCGGCUAUAACCUUGCCGCCAUCUCGAAUUCCGCCGUCGCCGUGGCCAAAACGCUCAUGGGGGAGCCCCCGCCUAAGAUGGAGUUGCCCAAGCUCAACAAGGAGGCUGCUCGGAUUCUGGCCAAGGUCCAGGCGCACCAGGCGCCGUACUGGGAGUGCAUGCGCCCCGGCAUCGUCGAUAUACCCGAGGUGCAGUCUCUCAAUGCCAACCGGCUCCACGACGUAAUCAGAAAUGCACAGCGCCAGGUCUUGCAACAAAAGCACAGCAUGGUGCCACUCUAUGUGCAGCGAGAGCAGCUCUACAAGUCGUUUGAGAAUCAGGUCCUCGUGACGCCGAAUCUUCACGACGCCAGGAGAAUCUUGGUUAUCAUUCAUGAUCCGCCUCAGCUGCUGGCGCAACCAGACGCUGUCGACACAUCCAUCGAACCGCACAACGCUUGGGUGGUGGACGGUGUGACCCAGUACAUUGACUGGGCUAUCGGCCAGAAAUUUGGCGUAAUGGAUAUCAAUGUCCCCGCUUAUGUUACUCACGAGGAGGAUACCGACGCCUACAUACCUGGAUUCAAGGAGAGAAAGCUCCAGGACCAAAUCCAACAGCUCGUCUGCUAUGUGUGGGACAACUUCCUGCAGCUGUACGAUACGGACGAGAUUUUCCUGUUGGGUGUGGGAAACGCAUAUCUUGGGGUCAAGGUGCUCCUGAUCAACAGGGACUGCAAAUUCCGCAUCUCGGGCGUGGUGAACUUCGUGACGGGUAACCUGCGGCCCGUCAAGUCGGACGUCGACAAUGAGCUCUCAUCCUGGUACAAGGAAAACUCGCGCGUGUACGUUGCCGGUGACCAUGCCUGCUGGUCAGACCACGAGUUGACGAGAAAGGUCAACAAGAGGAGGUUUGGGACGGUGGUGCGCAGCGAGAUGCUUGGGCUGAAUAAGAUGAUGCAAGAGCACGCCGAAGAAGCGCAGGACUGGAUGAUGAGGCGUGUCGGGGCCGCCGGCCCUGGAGAUACGACAGAGGACGACAAGCCGUCUUCAUGA